AUGGGCCGCAUAAACCUCACUGCCGUCAACGUCCGCAGGACAGCCCUCGCCAAACUCAAGACCAGACAAAUCCCUACAAAGCCCAGCUGGCUAGACAUCACCGGCGAUGUUCCCCCGGCCCAAAUUCUGAUCCGGCAACAACCUCUACAACAUCAUUUGACGAAGGUUCGCACGCGGUCACUUCCCAAUGGAAAAACAGAGCAAUACGUGCAAGUGGUAGAACCGAAGAAGCGCAAGACACUCAAAGACCGCCAUCUAUUCAUGCCGAAAAAGUUACAAUACGAAGAGGACUCAUUGCGAUCGCGAUUCUUCAGUGACCACCCCUGGGAACUGGCCCGACCCCGGGUCGUCCUUGAGACGUCGGGAGAUCAGUACAAAAACGCAGAUUGGUCGACCGGAUUGGUCCAGCCAGGUGUUCCUCUAUCAGGUGAAUCGGUCGUCCAGAGGCAGCUGUGGCUGCUCGGCAACGUUCCGGAUAUUACGGUCGCCCAAGCAUAUGACAUUGCUCGAAAGGAAUUCUAUACCCUACGGCGACAGGAGGAGACACGGAACCGGAUCGCCGCUGAAGAAGCCCGGCAUAUGGGCGCACAGUUUGGCAAGUCGGCCAUCCAGAUCAGUAUGCAGAUCGAAAAUCAAAUGUACAAUGACUGGGAGAAGUGGAGCCGACAACAAGUGGCCGAACAAACGCAGAGAGCUGCCGCAUUUGAGGGAACAAUCAGUAAAGUGGAAGACCAGUCAUUGAAAGAAGUUGCUCAGGUCGAAGGCGAAGGCGAGCGACCUGCCAUUGGAGCGGGUGUCUUUGCUCAGCAGCAAAAGUUGGAUUCUCGCAACCUUCGACGUUCAGUGAAUCCUGCACAACAUCAAGUCAAGGCCUAG